AAUAAGGAGGACAAUGCAAUUCUUUGAGACAUUGCUGAAUUCCAGCUGAAGUGAUUGUAGGCAUGGCUGAAAACAUAUUUUUUCUUUCGUUCGAGGCCGGUGCAUAAAAAGGAUAGGAGAUUUUCUGUGAUCCUGCGGGUAUUCUCCUCUUCAUUGCGGAGAACAUAGGGUGAUGGGCUUUCAGCAGUGGAAAGCUCAGCCGGGUUUCUUUGUCUCGACAGCCAUGUGAAGGGGAUUGUCCCACUUGACCGGGAGAUAUCACUAAAACAUCCCAGAAAAUAUUUCUCACAGACUCAGUGUCGACGCAAUGAUGUAGAACUGGGUAGGCUAUAAAUGAUGCCCCUGAUCCCCAAGUCCUAUCCGCUUUACAAGGCACUUCUAUCCCUAGAACACAACCCUGACAGACCUAAGCCACCAGAAAUCAACACUAUAUCUCCCCCAGGACCUAAAUCAGCCAGCAUACAGCAACAAUCUACCGAUGAAAAGGCUCCGCUAACAUGGCCACAUCACAAAUCGAAACCCUCUCAGACAUGUGGGUUCUUUUCCUGGCCGAGUGCUUCUCCGCAGAAGAAGGCUUUCAACUUGCCGGCACGACAAUCAUACCGACUUCCCCUUCCGCCAAAGGCUGCGAAACUCCCAUUUUCUACCGAGUGCUCAGGGUCUCUGACGCUAAAGGCAAGCCUCUCUUUACAACCUUGAUUGCCGCCCCGGUCGCCUGCCCCCAAGCAGCAACGACAGACCCUCAGAAGGUAUUGCGAACCCUCUGCGGCAAGAUUUUGCGCUGCUACUUGCCGCGCCAUACCACGGGUGAACUCCUCAUUCCAGUUGCUGGAGCGGUCGUUGUCGGCGACGAGCUGCGACUUUGUUGGGACCUGUUGGUGCCCGGGACGCCGGGGCUGAAGCGGGCGAUUGAGAAGGUCAUGGGACGGGAGCUGGUUGAGCAGAGCCAAACCAGGCAUGCCCAUUCGCGGGAUGGCCAGUUCGUCGCAACGUUGUUGAGGGAGGUUAAAGCGUUCCUCAAGCCGUGGUCACAGAGCGGGAAAGUGGAUGGUCAUACAGAGAAUGGAGAUGAUGAUGGUCAGGUGGAUGGCGAUGCACCGGAAGACGAGAUUACGCUCGAGUUGGCCGACGCGUACCUGCGCGAGAUCGCGGCUGGGAGUGCUACGUUCGAUGUAGCGUCUUUCAUUAUGCUGGACCUUGAUGGUUGAGGUACCGCUGGCUAUGUGCGCAAAGGAUGUUCAUUAAGAAUCGUUCUCCCUUCUCACAUUGUGCUCUUGUCUUUUUCUUUGCCGCAGAAGAUGAAACCCACCUUCGAGAAGAAAUACGAAACCAAAAAAGGCAACAGAAAAUAUAGAGCCCUUGGCCUAAAUGCCGGGGCACGCAUCCAUUUCAUAAAUAUCUAAACAUGAUUCGUAGACUUGAUCAUUAGAUAAGGCGCCCCGACUCGGUUGAGAAUCUUUGCUUCGCGGGGCUUGAUGAACAUCGGCUCAGUGAUGGCUAGGUAAUCCUUGUAGUAGGGCUUCUGUAUUUGGACCCCAAAGAGCCAUUCGGGAGUUUGUGAC